AUGGUUAACAUUUGCUGUAUCGGUGCCGGUUACGUCGGUGGCCCUUCGUCCGCCGUCAUUGCCUACCAGUGCCACGACGUCAACGUCACCAUCGUCGACUUGAACCAGGCCCGUAUCGAUGCCUGGAACUCGGACAAACUCCCCAUCUACGAGCCCGGCCUCGAGGAGAUCGUCUUCUCCCGCCGCGGUAAGAACUUGUUCUUCUCCACCAACGUCGACCAGGCCAUCAUUGACGCCGACUUGAUUUUCGUCUCUGUCAACACCCCCACCAAGAAGUCUGGUAUGGGAGCCGGUAUGGCCGCCGAUCUUGCCUACAUUGAGACCGCCACCCGCCGCAUUGCUCAGGUCGCCACCACCUCUAAGGUUGUCAUUGAGAAGUCGACUGUUCCCUGCCGCACUGCCGAGUCGAUGCGCACCAUCCUCGAAGCCAACUCCAACAAGGAUAUCCGCUUCGACAUUCUCUCCAACCCCGAGUUCUUGGCUGAAGGUACCGCCAUCUCUGACUUGACCAAGCCCGACCGUGUCUUGAUCGGAUGCCUCCAGACCCCCGAGGGUAUCGCUGCCCAGAAGAAGUUGGUUGACAUCUACACCCGCUGGAUCCCCCAGGAGCGCGUCAUCACCAUGAACUUGUGGUCGUCCGAGUUGUCCAAGCUCGCCGCCAACGCUCUCCUCGCCCAGCGUAUCUCCUCCAUCAACGCCCUCUCGGCCAUCUGCGAGGCCACCGGUGCUGAUGUCGAUGAGGUCGCCUACGCCUGCGGUACUGAUUCUCGCAUUGGACCCAAGUUCUUGAAGGCCUCGGUCGGCUUCGGAGGUUCGUGUUUCCAGAAGGAUAUCCUUAACUUGGUCUACUUGUCCGAGCAGUUGUUCUUGCCUGAGGUUGCUGCCUACUGGAAGUCGGUCGUCACCAUGAACGAGUACCAGAAGAUGCGCUUCACCCACCGCAUCGUCCGCACCCUCUUCAACACCGUCACCCACAAGCGCAUUGCCCUCCUCGGCUUCGCCUUCAAGAAGGAUACCGGUGAUACCCGUGAGUCCGCUGCUAUUACUCUCAGCAGCUACUUGAUCCAGGAGCAAGCUCGCGUUGCCAUCUACGAUCCCAAGGUUUCCGCCAAGCAGAUCAUGAUGGACUUGACCGAGCCUGGUGUUGGCACCAACGAGGAAACUGUUAAAAAGCAUGUCGAGGUGUGCGAGAGUGCUUACGAGGCCUGCGCUGGCGCUGAUGCCCUCGUUAUCUGCACCGAGUGGGACGAGUUCAAGAUGAACCAGUUGGACUACCAGAAGAUCUUUGACUCUAUGCAGAAGCCCGCCUUCAUCUUUGACGGUCGUCUGAUCUUGGAUGCCCCCAAGUUGAGGGAGAUUGGUUUCCGCGUCGAGACCAUUGGAAAGAGCGUCUAA